UCUCUCACUUUGUGACGAUCGCGGCUCUACUGGCGCCUAUUACCAUCGCUUGAGACGACAGAUUCGCAAAAAGCCAGUCAAGAUUUCCCCGGAAUUAUUAUUUUUUUCAGAAAUCAAUUUUUGAUUUUUGAUGUCCUUCCCCUGUUGACAAUAUCUUGUCCCCUUUUCCCAAAUAUGAAGAUUACCGACUGGAUUUUACCCAAAACUUCAUCACCAUCGACCGCAUCGCCGAAUACCAGUACCAGCAGUAGUACGCAACAGAAGGAGAAUCGUCAUAAUAAUAGUUCCAGUAAAAUGCCACCUAAAGAGAAAAAGUCGACGGGAGGAGGUCAUAGUUCAUCGUCGCCACCUAAAGAGAAAAAACCCACCGCAUCGUCUUCCUCCGCUGCAGAAUCGUCGACACCUCGACAGUCAACAUCUGGCAGUAGUGGUGGCACGACGACGACGACACCGCGAUUGCAUUCCACCAAGAUAAAGCAAGACGUGACCUUGCCACAAACUAAGGUCAAAAUUAUUAUGAAAUCGUCCCCUGAAAUUGACCAAGUUGGGAACGAUGUUCUCUUUCUCAUUUCAAAAGCGACGGAACUCUUUAUUGACCACAUUACCACCCAAACUUACACCCAGUCUCACAAAGUGAAGAAUAUCGAGUACCGACACUUGGCUGAGAUGGCACAUAAACAUCCAAACCUGGAAUUUUUAAGGGAUAUCGUCCCAAUGAAAAUGACGGCUCGCGAUGCUUUAAAAGAGGUUGCAAAACACCGAGCUCACGCUAGCCGAGAACUUCUUGGCGAUUAAAUUAUGAUAAUUUAAUUUCUUCUACUUAAUUAACUAGUGGUAGUUAGUUAAUUUCUUUGUGGGUAGUUUUUCUGUAUCACUUCUUAAGUUGUGGCUGUUUUUUUACAAAUUUUGUUAUGCAUUACCCAACUUGAGCCUAUUUUAAUCUAAUACGUUUCCCAUUAUAAUUACAUAUAGAUAAUAGAGACGUUGAGCGAGCGUUCAAUUUUAUGAUUCAGUUAAGUAAAUUGCUACAUGAUUUUUUCAAAAAUUGUGUGUAUAAAUUUCCAGAAAAUAAUAAUAUGUGCAUCACCAAUCA